AAAAAAUAAUAAAUAAAAUAAAUUUUAAUUUUCUACCAUUUCCAACUCAUUUUCACAAUAAAGUAAAAAAAAUGUCAAGGUUCUUCACAUAAUCUCUGCAUAUCUCAUGCUUCCCACAAAUCUACAAAUUAUUACCAAAAGAAUUCUUCUUUUUUAUCAGAUUAGCUAUGACCCCUUCUCUUUCUAGCAGAACGAUCGAAGAGAACCCAAAACAAAAACAAAAAAGGGAAAGGGAAACCAAAUCAGUCAAAAAGUAAAUAACUUUCCCCUUCCACUGAAGCUAGCAAAGCAAGCUCUUAUUAAGGGCUCUUACAGGCGUAAAUCAGCAAUGAGAAUUCUAGUCUCUACUGUUGCUGCUGCUGAUUUCUCCUUCUGCGCUAAUUUCUCCUCCAGCCACAGCCUGCUGUCCAACCCACUCCUCGUUCGGAACAUAAACACCGCCGCUGCAGCAGUCGUCGCCGUCGUUGCCGCCUGCUGAAGAACCAGUCAUGUACAUCCCACAUUAGAUCCACAAGCAACCCAUCAACGAAAAUCGUUUGGUUCCCUCUGAAAUUCCACUGCAACCUCUUCACCCGAAUCACAACCUUCUUAUCGAUGAUGGAGAGAACAGGGUGGUGAUGCCUCUGCUUCAGCCCUUCCUUCUCCCCCUCGCUGCCGCCGCCGCUGCAUUUAAUCAGGAUAUCGUGCUGGCCGCCGGUCUCGGAGAAUCGAGCUUUAGUGGAAUACAGAGUACUCCCGGAGCAAUGCUCCUGCCUCGAAAUCAAGCUGACUUUGGCGGCGGCCGGCGCCGCCCUCAGCAAUUUCUUGGACAGAACGGCGGAUUCGUCGGCCAGGUCGCCGAGGACGAGGGCAAUUUCGGAAUCGACCAAAACGAUGACGUAGAACCCGUCGAUGGGCUCCGGGCCGGAGUCGUAGCGGGCGGAGGAGAGAUCCCAAUAGACGUCGAAUUUGGAAUCAGGUCCGCCAACGUCGAUCGAGCGGCUGCCCUUCUUCUUGCGGAAGAGGCCGGAGCUGGUGUUGAGCUUGAAGGUGGACGGGCCGUUGGAGAUGGUGAGCCCUUCGGGGCCAUGUGAUGGAUAAGAGGAGGGGCUUCUUGUGGGAGGAGAGGCUGAUUCGGUAGAGGGAAGAGACGGCGUUCUGUAUGAAAGGAGUCGCCGCCGCGGAGGGAGAGGCCGAGGAGCGGCAGCGGUGACUAGGGAGGAGACGACGACGGCGGCGGAGGAGGAGCAGGAGAAGGAGUACUGAUUGUGGGGUUGUUGGGUAGCCACGUUAAUGGCGUUCUCGCUGAAACAGGACACGAAGUCUCUCAUCGUUGUAGAGGGGAAUGAAACUGUGGGAUUGGGUUUUUGGUUUCAAUGUGGUGUUGAGGUUUGGUGAGAGAGAGAGAAUG